UUCAUUUAGCAGACGCUUUUUAUCCAGAACGACUUACAAGUUGGGUAAACAAUGGAAGCAAUUGGGUCAGCAUUAGGACAACAAAUCCGGUCAGGUGCUGACGGAAGAGAUGCGUUUUCAACCGAUUCUUAAAUAAAAUAAAAAUGUUGCUGUAACAUGUUUCUUUCAACCCAACCUUUCAUUUAUAUUUAAAAAUCUAUCAAAUACCUUUAGUUAGGUUUGUCUUGUCUGUUAUAGGAAAAACCGAGCAUAACACAAUAAAAAUAAAAUCCACAAUGCACAGAACUACAUAAAAACGCACAAUUUAAAGAGACUUUCUAAACUACAAAUACCGGCAUGCAACAGAACAAAACAUUGCCUCCCCCUCGUCUACUCAGCAUGGCUUUUUGGCACUCCCCAGCGGGGGAUUGGUGCUCAAAGGCUUCAUUGUGUCGGGGAUUGAAUGGGGGAGUUUGCGUUUUGUCGAAGUCCGUCUGUUAUCAUCUACACGGCACGGAUUAACUGGCCUGUCCGAGCCAUGCGCGUUAUCAUGCCGCAAACCUCCAGCGGUGCAUCUGUUGUGCUUGAUACAGAUAAAUGCGCUGCGCUUCUGAUCCGCUGCCGUUGAGUGAACGAUGCUCAACAUCUCCAAAAAAUGAACGGAGGGCCCGACACAUACAACAAUGUUGGGAUGCUAUUGUCGAAGUCUCGCAUCUGAUACAGAGCUCUGCGGGUUUGCAUCGAUGGAGAGCUUGUCUAGUUGCCUAUAAAAAAUCCCGGACUAUAUUUUUGCUUCAAUUCUGCCUCUUGCUUAUAUUUCGGAGUUCACUGCGUUUUUCGAAAGGGUUUGCCGUCGUUGGGCAUCACCAGCAAGACCAGACAAAAACAUGGGGAACGCAGAAAGUAUGGAUGCUCAGCUCACAGAUUUUAGGGCGAGGGGUAGCAAACCUCCUAAACUGCCCAUGCCGGACCCUGCCGAACUGGAGGAAAGAUUUGCAAUCGCAUUGAACUCUAUGAACCUUCCUCCGGAUAAAGUGAGGCUCCUUAGACAGUAUGACAAUGAAAAGAAAUGGGAGCUGAUCUGUGAUCAGGAACGGUUCCAAGUGAAGAAUCCUCCACAUACUUACAUCCAGAAGCUCAGGAGCUUUUUGGACCCUGCUGUCACUAGAAAGAAGUUUAGGAGGCGAGUUCAGGAGUCGACUCAGGUGCUGAGAGAACUGGAGAUAUCUCUUAGGACCAAUCACAUUGGGUGGGUGAGAGAGUUUCUCAAUGAGGAGAAUAAAGGGCUUGAUGUUCUGGUGGAGUAUCUGUCCUUUGCCCAGUAUGCUGUCACGUUUGAUGGAGAUGUAACUGAGAGCACUCAAGGUGAGAUUUCCGUGGAGACCCCCUGGAGCAGGUCAAUAGAAGAUCUCCAUGGCGACAGUAAUUUACCCUCACCUGUCAGCGGCAGCAGCAUACCGCGAUCCACACGGCAUUCCUUAAGGUCUAAUACGUUGCCUAGUCGCAGAACUCUGAAAAAUUCCCGUUUGGUGUGUAAGAAGGAUGAUGUUCACGUCUGCAUCAUGUGUCUCAGAGCCAUUAUGAACUAUCAGUACGGCUUCAACAUGGUCAUGUCCCACCCCCACGCUGUCAAUGAAAUCGCACUGAGCCUUAACAACAAAAAUCCCAGGACCAAAGCUCUGGUCCUGGAGCUGCUGGCCGCUGUGUGUCUGGUCAGAGGAGGACACGAGAUCAUCCUCGCUGCUUUUGACCAUUUCAAAGAGGUCUGCUCAGAAUCCCAAAGAUUUGAGAAAUUGAUGGAACACUUUAAAAACGAAGACAACAAUAUUGAUUUCAUGGUGGCGUGUAUGCAGUUUAUCAAUAUCGUGGUGCACUCAGUAGAAGACAUGAACUUCAGAGUUCAUCUGCAGUAUGACUUUACCAAGCUCGCUUUAGACGACUAUCUAGAGAGGCUGAAACACACUGAGAGUGAUAAACUCAAAGUGCAGAUCCAGGCUUACUUGGAUAACCUGUUUGACGUCGGGACGCUUUUGGAGGAUGCAGAGACCAAAAACGCUGCCCUGGAGCGUGUGGAAGAACUGGAGGAGAGCCUCUCACAUAUGAACGACAAACUCUUGGAAACAGAGAAUGAGGCCAUGUCUAAAAUCGUGGAGCUCGAGAAGCAGUUGAUGCAGAAAAACAAAGAGCUGGAUACCGUACGGGCCGUGUACAGGGACACCAGCUCUCAGGUUCACACGCUCCGGCGGAUAGUUCGAGAAAAGGACGAGGCCAUUCAGAAGCAGUCUACGCUGGAGAAGAAACUUCAUGAGCUGGAGCGCCGUGGCAGUCUCCAGAUCCAGGUGAGGGGUGAGGGAGACGGGGAAGGAGACGUGUCGCCGCUGCCGUCUCCUCCUCAGCCCAUGCCUCUGUCUCCCUGCCCCGACUCACUAGCUGGAGCCUGCGCCGGUGCGGCAUACAGCUCUGGAAGCUCUUCUCAGACCGGCACUCUUCGGCCAAUGGCCACGCCUCCCCCUCCGCCUCCUCCACCGCCACCAAUGACAAUGUCAUCUAUUCCUAAUGGACCUUCUCCAGCUCUCGCACCUGCAGUGCCGCCGCCUCCGCCUCCCCCACCUCCCCCUCCUCCUCCUCCUCCUCCUGGUCAUUCUAUCGAGAUCUCUGCUCCCUUACCCCCACCUCCCCCUCCUUGUGCCCCUCCCCUCCCAGGUUGCGGCACACCCACUGUCAUAUUCAACUCGGGCUUGACAGAUGGACCAAUCAAACUCUUCUCCGUUAAAAUUAAAAAGCCAAUCAAAACCAAGUUUAGAAUGCCAGUGUUCAAUUGGGUGGCUUUGAAACCCAAUCAGAUCAACGGAACUGUCUUCAAUGAAAUUGACGACGAGAGGAUCUUGGAGGAUCUGAACGUAGAUGAGUUUGAAGAAAUGUUCAAGACCAAAGCCCAGGGCCCUGCUGUCGACAUGACAAUGCAAAAGCAGAAAGCUCCUCAGAAGGCCCCCAACAAAGUGUCACUACUGGAGGCCAACAGGUCCAAAAAUCUCGCCAUCACACUCCGCAAAGCAGGAAAGAGCCCAGAGGAGAUCUGCAAAGCAAUCCAGACGUUCGACCUGCGUACGGUGCCGGUGGAUUUCACAGAGUGUUUGAUGCGGUUCAUGCCUACCGAAAGUGAGGUGAAGGUUCUCCGGCAGUACGAGCGUGAGCGGCGGCCGAUGGACGGCCUCACCGACGAGGACCGCUUCAUGAUGCUCUUCAGCAAGAUCGAGAGGCUGCCGCAGCGGAUGACCAUCAUGGCCUUCAUGGGCAACUUCAGCGACAGCAUGCUGAUGCUCACGCCGCAACUUCAUGCUAUCAUAGCAGCCUCUGUUUCCAUAAAAUCAUCACAGAAAUUGAAGAAAAUCCUUGAGAUCAUUUUGGCGCUGGGGAACUACAUGAACAGCAGUAAGAGAGGAGCUGUUUACGGCUUUAAGCUGCAGAGCUUGGAUCUGCUGUUGGAGACCAAGUCCACAGACAGGACGCAGACACUUUUGCACUACAUAGCCAAUGUGGUCAGGGAGAAAUAUCCCAUUGUGAGCGUUUUCUACAAUGAGAUACAUUAAGUCGAAAAAGCUGCUGCAGUCUCUCUAGAGAACGUCCUGCUAGAUGUGAAAGAGCUUCAGAGAGGGAUGGAGCUCACGAAAAGAGAGUACAGCAUGCACGGCCACAACUCUCUGCUCAAAGACUUCAUCCAUCAUCAUGAGGCCAGGCUGAAGAAACUCCUGGAUGAUGCCCGGAUCGCACAGGAUGCCUUUGACGAUGCUGUCAAGUUCUUCGGAGAGAGCGCCAAGACCAUGCCACCCUCAGUAUUCUUCCCUGUGUUUGUUCGCUUCAUCAAGGCUUACAGG